UCUCUCCCCAGGAGGGUGCUGGAGGCGGCCAAGAGGGCGAACCAGACGGGCCACUUCAUCUGGAUGGGCUCGGAUAGCUGGGGCUCCAAAAUCUCCCCGGUCCUGCACCUGGAGGAGGUGGCCGAGGGCUCCGUCACCAUCUUGCCCAAGAGGGUGUCCGUCAAAGGUUUCGACCGGUACUUCUCCAGCAGGACGCUGGACAACAACCGCCGAAACAUCUGGUUUGCCGAGUUUUGGGAGGAGAACUUCCACUGCAAGCUGAGCCGGCACGCGCUCAAGAAGGGCAGCAGCAUCAAGAAGUGCACGAACCGAGAGCGCAUCGGCCAGGACUCCUCGUACGAGCAGGAGGGCAAGGUUCAGUUCGUCAUCGACGCCGUCUACGCCAUGGGACACGCUCUGCACAACAUGAACAGGAGCCUGUGCCCCGGAAAGGAAGUGGCAAAACGGCUGGUAGAGGUGCUGGAGCGAGGCAGCGAGGGAGCUGCCGGCCCCGUGAGCACGCCAGUCGUGUCGGGCUCCUCGCUGGCCGCUGGCGGGCUCCCGCAGCGGCAGCAUGAUGCCUGUUGCAGUUACCCUCAGCCUCGUGCGAUCCUGCGCACCGGCGCCGGGAGCUCCUGCCGGCGCGAGCAACAGGCUCCGCUCCCGGGGCUUUGGGGUUGGGGUUUUUUCCCCAUCCCUGCCGUGGGUGCUGAGACCCCCUGUCCUGCAGGCAUUGCCGGGACACCGGUGACGUUUAACGAGAACGGCGACGCGCCCGGGCGUUACGACAUCUACCAGUACCAGAUCAGGAACGCCACGGCCGAGUACAAAGUCAUCGGGCAGUGGACCGACCACCUCCACCUAAAACUCGAGAGUAUGCAAUGGCCGGGUGGCGGGCGCCAGCUCCCCAGCUCCAUCUGCAGCCUGCCCUGCAAGCCGGGCGAGAGGAAGAAGCUGGUGAAGGGCAUUCCCUGCUGCUGGCACUGCGAGCGCUGCGACGGCUACCAGUACCAGCUGGACGAGUUUCACUGCAAGCGGUGCCACUUCAACGAGCGGCCCAACGAGAACCACACCAGCUGCACACCCAUCCCCAUCAUCAAGCUGGAGUGGAGCUCACCCUGGGCCGUGGUGCCUGUCUUCAUCGCCAUCGUGGGCAUCAUAGCCACCCUCUUCGUGGUGGUCACCUUUGUGCGCUACAACGAUACGCCCAUCGUCAAGGCCUCGGGGCGGGAGCUCAGCUAUGUCCUGCUGACAGGCAUCUUCCUCUGCUACGCCACCACCUUCCUCAUGAUUGCUGAGCCCGACCUGAGCACUUGCUCCUUGCGGCGCAUCUUUCUGGGGCUUGGCAUGAGCAUCAGCUAUGCUGCGCUGCUCACCAAGACGAACCGCAUCUAUCGCAUCUUCGAGCAGGGCAAGAAAUCAGUGAGCGCCCCACGGUUCAUCAGCCCUGCGUCCCAGCUGGUCAUCACCUUCAGCCUCAUCUCACUGCAGCUUGUCGGUGUCUGUAUCUGGUUUAUCGUGGACCCGUCCCACUCUGUCAUUGAUUAUGAGGACCAGCGGACUACAAACCCCCACUUUGCCCGGGGCAUCCUCAAAUGUGACAUUUCGGACCUCUCCCUCAUCUGUUUGCUUGGGUACAGCAUGCUUCUCAUGGUCACCUGCACUGUGUAUGCUAUUAAGACCCGUGGGGUCCCAGAGACCUUUAACGAAGCCAAACCCAUUGGGUUCACCAUGUACACUACUUGCAUUGUGUGGUUAGCCUUCAUCCCUAUAUUUUUUGGGACGUCACAGUCGGCAGAAAAGAUGUACAUCCAGACCACGACGCUUACCAUCUCAGUGAGUCUGAGUGCCUCGGUGUCCCUGGGCAUGCUCUACAUGCCCAAGGUGUACAUCAUCCUCUUCCACCCGGAGCAGAACGUCCCCAAGCGCAAGCGGAGCCUCAAGGCGGUGGUGACAGCUGCCACCAUGUCCAACAAGUUCUCUCAGAAGGGAGGUUUCCGCCCCAACGGAGAAGCCAAAUCAGAGCUGUGCGAAAAUCUGGAAACGCAAGCGCUGGCUACCAAACAGACUUACGUCAGCUAUAGCAACCACGCGAUUUAACUCCAGCGGUCGCAACGCCUGGUGCAAAGGGAGGCUGCAGGUGCCGUGAAGCAGGAGGGAGCGGCGUGGCAUCGCUCGUCGUAGGACGCUGGAGGGGGAGCAGGACUGGAGGGGAAGGUGGCAGCGGGGUCAUUCCCUGGCUGGGCCAUUGGGAGCUCCUUGGGAAGAUGGUGAUUAACAGCAGCAAAAAGCAAAAAAAAAAAAAAGAAAGAAAAAAAGAAAAAAAAAAGAAAGAAAGAAACAAUAAAAAAAAAAACCCACCGACCAACUGACCACCGUGACCAUGCAUGCCUCCCCACGGAGGAGGAGGAACAGUUGAGCGGGGGGCGGGGGGGCGUAUCGUGGGGAAGACGCGACAGACUUUGGGGUUUUGUUUCUGUAUCUUGGCAAAAAACAAAAAACCCUGAGACCCAACGUUUCCCCUUUUCUGGAAUUUGUGAGAUUGUUUGUGGUUGUGCAGAACCUUCCGUUUUCUCUUUCUUUUUUUUUUUUUAUCCUUUUCUAUUUUCUUUUGUUCCUGUCUUCCUCCAUCCCUCUUCACUCUCUCUCCUUUAUCCUACCAAAUUCUAUAUGUUGCAAAAAGGAAAAAUAAAUAAAAUUUAAAUGAAAACAGACAACAGAAUAAAGUAAAAUACAACCUAGACUGUGUUCAAAGUGCUGAUUUCUAUAGGUGGUUAUUUAAUGUAUGUGAUGACCAUAUGGAUUGAAAUAUGUCUGCUUUAUGUACUGACCAGUCAAAAAAACAAAAACACACACAAAAAAAAACAAAGUUCAGUGCCUGAAUGUUUAUGAAUUAUUCGAUGACUGUGUAGAGCAUGAUCAUUUUUAUACAAGGAGAUUUCUAAUAAAAGACCAUGGUUUUGCA